AUGUCUUACGCUUACCUUUUCAAAUACAUAAUCAUCGGAGACACUGGUGUCGGGAAAUCAUGUUUUCUUCUGCAGUUCACUGACAAGCGCUUCCAGCCUGUGCAUGACCUAAACAUUGGUGUUGAAUUUGGAACUAGAAUGAUAACUAUUGACAGCAAGCCUAUAAAGCUGCAAGUAUGGGAUACGGCUGGUCAAGAAGCAUUCAGAUCUAUUACAAGGUCAUAUUACAGAGGAGCUGCUGGUGCACUUCUAGUCUAUGAUAUCACUAGGAGAGAAACUUUUAAUCACCUUGCUAGCUGGUUGGAAGAGGCGAGGCAACACGCAAACGCGGACAUGACAAUUAUGCUUAUUGGCAACAAAUGUGAUCUCUCUCACAGAAGAGCUCUUAGCACAGAGGAAGGGGAACAAUUUGCCAAGGAGAACAGCUUGAUAUUCAUGGAAGCCUCUGCAAGAACUGCUCAGAACGUUGAAGAGGCAUUUAUAAAUACAGCAGCAACAAUCUACAAGAGGAUCCAGAACGGUGAUAUUGAUGUAUCAGAUCAGUCUAAGGGAAUAAUAAUUGGACCCCGGGAGAUUCCUGGGCUACCUUUUGGUAGAGAUGGACCCUUUUCCCAAGGAACAGGCUGCUGCGGUUAA